UCUACUGGGUAGAACUGUUUAUCUGUAAACUACAUUUUAUUAGAAGAAUGAAAUAAUAUGAAUAUUAUUGAUGAUGUUCAAUAGAUUUAGUCUGUCAAUUGGAAAUUGAUCGGUUUAAAUUAAGACACUUGCUAAAAUGUCUUUUGGAAUGAAAACUCUAUUAUGCAAAGACUUGCAUUCUUAUUUGCGAAGUCUUCCUCCUACAGUUCUUGAUCGGCUUUAUUGUCACCCUGCAACAUGCUUAGCAGUUUUUCGAGAUAUACCAGAACUUGCUCGUCACUAUGUUAUGAGACUUCUGUUUGUGGAUCAGGCAGUAGCGCAGGCAGUGGUUCAGCAGUGGAGCACUGCUCCAGCAGAAGAACAAUUUGAAGCUGCUGCUGCGUUAGUGGAGCUUCGUGUUUGGUAUGAGAAGCCACUUCCUGGGGGCAUGCCUGGAUGGCUUCUGAACCAUAUCUUUAGAACAAACCUGAUGACUGCAUUACUUGGAGGUGGAACACCUUGGAUUGGUAACAAAGAUCUCACACCAGACAAAUAUACUAAAGACAUUCCUUUCCUAGACAAAUAUGCUUUGGAGAGGUGGGAGUGUGUAUUACACUUCAUGGUAGGAUCUAAUGAAGGAACAGAUGGAGUCAACAAAGAUAUUACAGAUGUUUUGUUGUACAGUGGAUUGAUGAGAGUAGAUGAUGGGGAACCCUCCAUUACUGCAGAAGGAUUUCAGUUUUUGUUGCUUGAUACAUCCGCACAGGUUUGGUUCUUCCUUUUGCAGUAUUUGGACACAGUUCAGACACGUGGAAUGGAUCUGGUUGAAUGUUUAACUUUUCUCUUCCAACUGAGUUUCUCCACACUUGGCAAGGACUAUUGCACUGAAGGAAUGAGUGAGAAUCAACUGAGGUUUCUUCAACAUCUUCGAGAGUUUGGUCUUGUUUACCAGAGGAAACGCAAGUCACACCGCUACUACCCUACCAGGCUUGCUGUCAACAUUGUGUCGGGCCUGUCAAAAACUAAAAUCGACACACAUAGGCCAGGUUUCAUCGUGGUGGAGACCAAUUACAGGGUCUAUGCCUACACAGACUCUCCCUUACAGGUGGCGCUGUUAGCCUUGUUCUGUGAAAUGUUGUACAGAUUUCCUAACAUGGUGGCUGCCAACUUAUCUAGAGGAAGUGUAAGGGAAGCCCUGGCUAGAGGAAUCACAGCUGAUCAGAUCAUUCACUUCCUUCACAGCCAUGCUCAUCCAGAAAUGUUGAAAAGGAACCCAGUGAUCCCAUCCACUGUGAAGGAUCAGAUCAAACUCUGGGAACUGGAGCGUCACAGGUUCAAAUUCAAUGAUGGGGUCAUGUACAACCAGUUCCUGUCACAGGCAGACUUUGAAUUGCUUAGAAAUUAUGCUAAGGACACUGGCGUGUUAGUCUGGGAGAUGCCAGAGAAGAGAGUUUUAAUAGUCACAAAGUCUGGACACGAUGAUGUCAAGAGGUUCUGGAAACGUUUGAAAGCGUCAUCAUCCUAACCUACAGAACAACUAUGUACAUAACUUUGUAAAUACUUAGGCUCCAUUCAAUUACAUUCUUGCAUUCAACUU